AUGAAGAUUCUUACCAAAGAACAAGAAGAAGCUCACUAUAGCUCCGUCCUCAAAGGUGGCACAGUCGGCGGCCUCCUCGGUCUCGCCGGCGGCGUAGCAGGUGUUCUACUUGCCUCACGUCGCUAUCACACAAUCCGCAACUUGACCGUUCCGAUGAAAGCCUUUCUGGUGACCUCCUCUGGUACAUUCACAGGUAUCAUCGCCGCCGACCAUGCCUCGCGCGAGUACGAGAACGAGCAGAACGCUGCCUACCAAUGGUAUGAGAAUCGCGAAGAGCGCAUUCGCGCCGAGGAGAUUCGCGGACUGAGCUUCGUCGACCGCGCUGCAGCCUUCGCCCGUCGUGAGAAAUACAAAAUCAUCACUGCCACCUGGGUUGCCUCCAUGGUUGGCUCAUUCGCGCUUGUCAGUCGCAUCCCCGGCCUCACCGGUCAGCAAAAGCUUGUUCAGGCUCGUGUCUAUGCACAGGGUCUGACGCUCGGUGUGCUUUGUGCUUCGGCUGCUUUUGAGAUCUCAGAUCAGCGUCGUGGUCGUGGCUUGCUGGACUCGAAGAAGAAGGCAGAUGCGGCUAAGGCCAAGGCUGAGCAGGGUGUUGAGGAGGUUCCUGUACGCCAGGGUGGUCAGCCUAAAGAGGGCGACCUCUGGAAGGACAUGGUUGCUGCCGAGGAGGAGCGCUUGAGCUCUAAGCACCAGUCUCUCUAUGAGCAGCACCAGAAGCAGGAGUCGAAGUCUGAGGAGAGUGAGGAGGAGAAGGACUCCAAGGCAGAGAAGAAAGACGCCGAGUCGAAGAGCAAGAAGAAGAGUCCCUAG